UCAACUGCAAACACACGAAACGUAAAUCCUCCUGGUGUAUUUUGGGCUCAUAUCUUUAUGACCUGCUGCGUUUCCACUCAGUGGUCUUGAUUGGAUAAGAUCGUUCGUGUCGCAUCUUGUCUUUGUUCGAGAGCAAGAGCGAACCUACCAGCCACAUGGAGACGGUGGCCCGUACAGCUUCCCUCUGGUGACAACCAGGGCCUGUAAACGCAAUACUCCGCUACAGGCAACUUUUGAAAUUACCAGCCCGGUUCAUCAGUAACCGCCGUCUCUUUGAAAUCGCGUCCGUUGCCCUAGUGCCUGGGGUGCAGCUUGGAAUUCGCCCGUUUGUCCGCUCUAUAGCAACCGUCGCGCCUCUUUAUCACGAGACUACUGAGCCUAGGAUGGCUGCAUUGGGAGGGAAGGGCGUGCCAGAGUCGGCCUCUAAGAAGAGAAAAGCUGCCAACCAGCCCAAAUUCUACGCCGUGCGAGCUGGCCGUCACCCGGGCGUCUACUCUGAUUGGAACGAGUGCAAGGAGAGCAUUACUGGUUUCAAAGGCGCUAGCUUCAAAUCGUUCUCUACUCGAUCCGAAGCAGAGGCAUUUGUAUCUGGGAGAGAGUCGACCUCCGGCCCCUCUGCAUCUGUUGGAGAAGCCCGUUUUUAUGGCGUGGCGAGUGGCCACAAUCCUGGUGUAUAUACGGACUGGACGACUGCUCAAGAGCAGAUAAAGGGAUGGAAGCUACCUAAAUAUAAAAGGUUUAGCACAAGGGGCGAGGCGGAAGCAUUUGUUCAAGCUGGGGGCCGCCCGGGCAAGGUGGAUUCAGGCACCACAGAAUUGAUAGACGAAGAUGAACAACCCGAGGAUUCGGACGAUGAAGUAUCGGAUGUUGAGAGCCUUCCGGUGUCGUCAAAGAGGAGAAAAACGUCUCCAGCGGCCUCGGUCAACCAGACCAAGACCAGUCAAAGUACGGUGCAGAUAGCAGCCACCACCUCAGCUGCUAAAUCUCGUGCCGCCGAUGCCAAGUCGAAGCCUCUUAAUAUAUAUACAGAUGGCAGCAGUUUAGCCAAUGGAAAGGUGGGAGCUGUUGCAGGAGUCGGUGUGUUUUUUGGGGAUGGAGAUGAUAGGAACAUUUCCGAGGCAUUGGAGGGCGAACUUCAAACCAACCAAAGGGCCGAACUCACGGCUAUUUUGCGCGCCCUUGAGAUUGCGCCUAUGCACCGUGAAGUCCACAUCUACACAGACAGCAACUACAGCAUAAACUGUGUGACGACCUGGUUCAAGAAGUGGGAGACGAAUAACUGGUUAACCUCAACCAACCAGCCCGUCAUGAACAAGGACCUGGUCGUAGACAUUCUUGCGAGGAUCAGGGAACGGCAAGGGCAGGGAUCCGGCACGAUUUUCAACUGGAUCAAGGGCCAUUCAAAUGAUCCGAGUAACGAGGCGGCUGAUAGGUUAGCUGUUAGUGGUGCCCAACGGGCCCAGGCACGGAGGAGGCAAAACAAAUCAUGACGGCGUCUUUCAACAACUACAGCAAGGCAGUCCGUUCACUGGUCAAAAAGGGAUCAGUCGCUCACACAAUCACGGCGCAUUGUUUCUUGGAGACUUUAGUGGGGCAUGGCUGAAUUUAACAACCACAAAAUGUAAACAAUUAUAUCAAACUGGGAAACACGCUGUACCCAACCGCACUCCUCGUAAACACCCUAUAAAAGAACCAUCAUCUCAAUCCCACCAAUACUGAACAAGCCCUCAUCCCAAGAAGCG